CAACCACGAUUGAACCACCAACAACAACAAUUGCACCAUCAACCACAAGUGAGCCGAAAACAGCGGCCAAUGUUCAGUUCCGUACCGAUGAGACAUUUAAUGCUGACCUUUUAGAUUCCUCUUCAGUUGCCUUCAGAAAUAGAUCCUCACUUAUCAAAUCAGAGCUAGAGCCAUAUUUCUUUGAGGACUACAAGCCAUAUUUCAUCAGCCUAACACCAACAAGCUUCAGAAAAGGAUCUAUUAUCAAUGAAGCGAGCAUGACCAUUACCUCAGAUGCAACGUUCCCCAACGAUACAGAGAUUACAGCCACCCUGACUAGAGCAGCCACGAGUGGAAAUUUGCCAUUUACCAUCACCUCCAUAAACGGAACAGACCUUGCUACAACAACUACUACCUCAGCACCUACCACAACCACAAUCGAAUUGACAACCACAACUGAGGCAACAACAACAACAAAUGAGGCAACAACUUCAACCACAAAUGAACCAACAAGCACAACUGAGGCAACAACAAGCACAACUGAGGCAACAACUUCAACAACAAAUGAACCAACAACAACCACACUGCAGGCAACAACAUCAACCACAAAUGAACCAACAACCACAACUGAAGUAACAACAACCACAAUUGAGGCAACAACUUCAACCACAAAUGAACCAACAACAACCACAAAUGAACCAACAACAACAACAACUGAGGCAACAACAACCACAAUUGAGGCAACAACUUCAACCACAAAUGAACCAACAACCACAACUGAGGCAACAACAACCACAAUGGCGGAAACAACUUCAACCACAAAUGAACCAACAACUACAACAAUUGAGCCAACAACUUCAACCACAACAACAACAACCACUAUUGAACCAACAACCACAACUGAGGCUACAACAACCACAAUUGAGGCAACAACUUCAACCACAAAUGAACCAACAACCACAACUGAGGCAACAACAACCACAAUUGAGGCCACAACUUCAACCACAAAUGAACCAACAACAACCACUAUUGAACCAACAACCACAAUUGAGGCAACAACUUCAACAACAAAUGAACCAACCACUAUUGAACCAACAACCACAACUGAGGCUACAACAACCACAAUUGAGGCAACAACCUCAACCACAAAUGAACCAACAACCACAACUGAGGCAACAACAACCACAAUUGAGGCCACAACUUCAACCACAAACGAACCAACAAUAACCACUAUUGAACCAACAACCACAAUUGAGGCAACAAUUUCAACCACAAAUGAACCGACAACAACUGAGGCAAUAACAACCACAAUUGAAGCAACAACUUCAACCACAAACGAACCAACAACAACCACUAUUGAACCAACAACCAAAACUGAGGCUACAGCAACCAAAAUUGAGGCAACAACUUCAACCACAAAUGAACCAACAACCACAACUGAGGCAACAACAACCACAAUUGAGGCCACAACUUCAACCACAAACGAACCAACAACAACCACUAUUGAACCAACAACCACAAUUGAGGCAACAACUUCAACCACAAAUGAACCGACAACAACUGAGACUAUUGAACCAACAACCACAACUGAGGCUACAACAACCGCAAUUGAGGCAACAACUUCAACCACAAAUGAACCAACAACCACAACUGAUGCAACAACAACCACAAUUGAGGCAACAACUUCAACCACAAACGAACCUACAACAACCACUAUUGAACCAACAACCACAACUGAGGCUACAACAACCACAAUUGAGGCAACUACUUCAACCACAAAUGAACCAACAACCACAACUGAGGCAACAACAACCACAAUUGAGGCCACAACUUCAACCACAAAUGAACCAACAACCACCACUAUUGAACCAACAACCACAAUUGAGGCAACAACUUCAACCACAAAUGAACCGACAACAACUGAGGCAAUAAAAACCACAAUUGAAGCAACAACUUCAACCACAAACGAACCAACAACAACCACUAUUGAACCAACAACCACAACUGAGGCUACAACAACCACAAUUGAGGCAACAACUUCAACCACAAAUAAACCAACAACAACCACUAUUGAACCAACAACCACAACCGAGGCUACCACAACCACAAUUGAGGCAACAACUUCAACCACAAAUGAACCAACAACCACAACUGAGGCA